UGCUGCAGUGGGGGAAAAAAAAACGACACAGUUCUUCUUAGAAUCGAGAGCUUCCACACAGCGCUUAUGGCACACAUUUCCACUGGCCAAUAAUUCACCCGGCCACCAUGGAAACGGUUGCCAUGGCAUCGAUCUUGUCCGUGUUGCCGGAAGCUGCUUCCUUCGCUGUUAGGGCCGCUUUGCCGUGGAAAACUCUCCCCUUCGGGCCGGUACUGUCAGCUGGACGGUUGUGAUAAUAACGACCGUGUAGACACGCGCGUAGUCGUUGCCCCCAAAAAACGCAGUACGUGCAAGUUAGUGAAAUUAAAGGUGCACAAUUCCACCAGAGCGCGUGUGAGGGAGGUGGUCAUUUGUGUUGCGUUACUUUUAUUUCUGUUGAGUUAGCUUUUUUCGUGUUUUUGCUCCCUAUUGGUAAACACUUCACACCAUUUGCUGCUGGGAUUUCUGCAAAACAGACAAGAAAAAAGCCCCGUUUGAAAAGUGCGAAUAAUUUUGAAAAUUUACAACCGUAACGAAGCGUUUGAUGUUUACCGAGCGAAUCCAAUCAUCGACGGGGUAACGCUUGUCGUAACGGUCCAUCCGGUCCGGUCUGGAGAAAUGUCGUCGAAACCGGUAACGCCGGUAUCGCAGCGCCGUCCGUAUCCUGGCGAAAAUGAAAACACCCGGAUCCCGCAACCCUUCUGCCGGUCCUAUUCGCUGCGCAUGCGCACCAGCCGAAGCUUCCAUGACUACCAACAUUAUCGGAGCGAGUGCUGCGAGUGUGAUUGUGAUGGUACGCAGCAACAGCAGCUGGGCAACCAUCCAAGCAAUCUAGUCAUGCAAGGAUCGGGUGUGAAGACGAAAAAUACGACCACGGUAUUGCACGGCGGUAGUAAAUCGAUUUCCCAUGGCCACCACCAUCAGCAGCAGCAACGUUCACCAACGAUGGCCACUGCGAAUCCUGCCACGGACGGUCACGAUGAGGUAGAUUCAUUCGCCGUUCCAACCAGCACCGGGAAGGAUGGUCCCAUACCGAACGGUGUAAUACCGCACGGCGGUACCAGUGAUGGCGGUCACACACCGCACGGCCACUGCAUCACAUCAACGUCCCCAGUGGGGCUGUGCAAAGCGAAGGGAACGUGCCAGCAGCUGAAACAGCCGCCCAGCAUCAUCAGCUGCCAGCAGAAGCAGCAUGAGCGUGGCAUGUCUUUGAAUCUAAUCAACUCUGGACACAGUAGCAGCAGUCAAAGAACGCCGCGAACUCCGCAAACACCGAACGGAGGCCCUGGAAUAGGAUUACAGCGUCAAGGUGGUGGGGCAGGUGGAGGUCUUAGUCCAAAGACGCCUCCCGUUUCGCCGGAAUCGCCAAUCAACAGCUAUUUGGAUGAUGAUCUAGAUUCCCUGCACAGCUACAGCUCGGUGGCGAGUGGCAUGUCGUGUGAUCAUCCGUACGUGGCACGCAACGGGACCACCUUCAGUGGUCGCAAGAUGAAGUACGUGGUACACUGCUCCAGCCAUGCCGGACAAACCGGGGGCGACUAUCUGACACCGACGCAGCGCGCCCAGCGUCAGAUACGGCGGCUCAAGGAACUGCUAUCGCAGGCACGGUGCGAUCUGGAGCAGCGUGACAGCGAGAUCCUGCGGCUCACGAAGGAGGUGGUAGAGCUGCGACUGUUCAAAGCAUCGCUAAGCUCCCCGGAGGAGCGUAGCAACUCAAGCGAUGCGGUAACGGUGCGAGAAAACACCACAAACGAUGUGAAUACGCCCAGCUCGAGCCAGGACAUUUCGCCCAUCGUCGAUCAGAUCGACGAGGGUGUCGCGAAGGCGAGUCCACGGCAUCAUCAUCACCAUAUGCAGGCCGGCAUCCAUCAGGUGCAGUUUAUCGACAAGCUGUCGACGUCCGAGAUGCAAAGCUCUUUUGCGGAUUCGGGUCAUUUCGAGGACAUUACGACGUCCUCGAUUCACUCGAAGGACUCAUACGUACACACGCAGGACCGUGCGUGCGGAAGCGAUGAGGAUAUGGACGCGGAGAAAAAACGCCUUAUCGCGCUGUACGAGGAACGCAUCGAAGAGCUGAUCAAGCAGCACCAGACGGAGGAGCAGCAGCUACGAACGUCCAACAAUGAUCGGUUCGAGGUACUGCUGCAGAAGCUGGCCGAGUCCAACACACGCUACUGUGACUUGGUGCCGGACUAUGAGCAAGCAAAAGAGCGCAUUCGGGAUCUGGAGAAGCAACUGGAAAAGCUGCAAGCGCAACUGCAGGAGCAGGAGGAUAAGGCGAACAAGAUGUAUCUGCAUAUGUACACCAAGGGACAGGAGGCUGAACGGCAGGAACAAGCCGACCGUGUUAGUGACAUGGCUCACGCUUCUCCGAGUCGCGUUUCUAUCCCAGAACUGAUGCAGCAGCUCCAGGUUACACAGGAUGAACUGGAAAACAUUAGGGAUACGAACUAUCAGCAAGAAAAUGGCGGUACGCCGGUUUUACUGAGCGCAAAAGAAGCAAUCUCACUCUGGCUUCUCGGUGCCCGUAAGACCAUGUACAAGCGGUUGAUUGACGCCCAGCAGACGAAAAACAAAGUCGAUCCCGAGGUGACGCUGCAGUUUCUGAAAAGCGCGAUCUACUACUUCUUGACAGAUAAGGAAAAUUCACAGGGACACUUGAAUGCGAUUGAAAGCAUUCUAGGAUUCUCCGAUGUAGAACGCUCUAACAUCGAUAAGGCUCGAGCGUACAAGUAGAAUCGUUUAGUGCACUACAAUCUUAGUCUAUGCUAAUGGAGAAAACACACAGAUUAAAGUGAAAAACAGCAUUGCUAUGUUUUAUUCAACACACACACACCAAAUCACAAAAAUAUGUAGGCAACACAAGCGUACUUGUAGAUAAGAUUUUAAUGUCCUUUAGAACUGUUAACGAAUGUUGUCUUAAUGAAAACGAAUGAUUUAUAAUAUUCGGCGUACUGAGUGAGGAGAAGAAUGAAACGGGCCUAUUACUUACUUCUGCAUUGUACAAUAGAGACCAGUACACGAUACAAGGAGAUAGUUAACGGAUAAAUGAAUAGCACUUAGAGUUCCUCUGCUCUUGAUUUAAUAUUUAUUCCAAAAGCAUAACUACUGGUUCUUGAGUUUUGUUAUAAUGUUAUCAAUCAUCAAAAUUUUUUUAGUAAACAGCGCAAAGAUACACUUGAAACGAUUCUCCAUUAGAUAAAUGAUAGCUUAGAGGCAGAUUCUUUUCGUUUUCUAAAAUAAAACAAAGAACUAUUCCAUGCCAUCCACAGAUUGAUAACACCAUAGAGAUGUGAACAGAUCAACUCAAUAUAUUUGUUAUCCGUAGGGCUUCAGAGAAAUUUAUCAGUAUGUUGGCGCUUGAAGAUAGAGAUGAAAUUACGCAUACGUCCAGAUGGAGCAGCUUUCAAUGCAUUAGAUAAGUAAUUUAGCUAUCACCAAAAAUAUAAUAACAUCCCCAGUGGUCUCUAAGCGUUAGCCGAGCAACAAACUGCAAGUUAUUUACUCCUUUAUUUGUGACUGUAGGUAUUUAUACAUUUUCCCAAGAACAACGUGCACGUCGACAUGUUCUUUAGCGAAGAUUGUUGCGAAUGGUGGCAGUGAUUUAACGGAAAGUUUGUCCUUGCUGUGCUCGUAGUGCCUCAACCAAGCGUUUGUGCAUGGGAAAGGAUCUUUUUUAGUGUGUGCUUUAUACAGCGUCGGUGGUAUGUUGGGUAAUACCAUUCUUAAUCUGCAAGGCAUUGUUUUGCAUGAUGACAUGGUCGAAAAGAGCAUGAGGCAGAUGCUGAGGACGAUAGCAAAUUAUACAAGUAUUCUGAUAAACCUACUGAAUAUGAUCGGGAGAUAUUCUUACAUUACUUACGAAAAAUAUAACUAGGAAACGUUAUUGUUGCAAAAAGCAUGAU